AGUGGUACGUGUGAGUGAUGAAACGACAACGUUUUAGGCUCACGUGUAUAUACAAAACGGUGAGGGGUUUCUGGAGAAACUAUUUACAAUCGUCUCUUCGAGCCUGUGCUGCUCCUCCAAAAAAUUAAUUUGCAGACAAGGAGACCCUGUGAUCAUUAUACAAGACAAAAGUGGAUAUGUUCAAUAAAAUUAAGGGCAGUAAUGUCCUUGAUCAUGCCAUGGAUGAUGUAGCUAGUACCCAGUCGAAGCUUCAAUGGCAGCACAGGGAAAAUGAAGAGAAGAAGGCAGUAGUACAGGAAGAGAUGAAGAGAAUGAACCAACUUCCUGCAAACAGCAGUUAUGCUAGCCAUCGCUUGCGGGUUCUCAACAAAAUUCUGCAACUUUUGUCCAUUCAGAGGACUGUCUCACAGGAUGAGGAGUUGGAGUUGCUUUUUGCUGGGAUGCAUCUGUGAGACCGAUAGCUCUGCAAUGGCAGGACUUGACUAAGCAGAUAAGGUUUUUUCAAGUGCAACCUGAUGAGUACCGGAAUAGGAUCUUAUUGAAACCUAGGUUUACUUGGUGAAAUCUGAUUUGAGCUCCUUUGCUUUGUUACCUGAAAAAGAACCAGUUUUCGACCUACUAUUAAUGUCAGCUUAUCUCCUGGAAAACAAGACCAGCUUUUGAUCUGCUUUUAAUGUUGACUUAUCUGUCAGUUGCGCAGCUGAAGACUGCAAACCACCCCUAUAAACUUGGUUUUGAUAUGAAGUUAUUAACCAAUGUAUGUGAGAGGCUCUAAAUUUUGCUCAUGUUGAAUUAUACGAACCGCAUUAUUUUUAUCAUCUUUAUGGGAGAGACAAGCCUUUUUUCUUUUC